GAACACCGUUCAUUGUACGAGACCUCUGUGCGAGGUCCCGAUCAUGUGAUCACUGAUUGGCCAAUCAGUGAUCACAUGCAGAGUAGUAAGCAAGAUGUCACUUCUGACAUCAUUGCUUACUAUGUGUGAAAUCUGUGAAUGAUCACAGAGGUCACAUGGUACAAGGCUAUUUACAACAGCCUUGUACUAUGUGACAAGCUGUGACCAAUCACUGCUCACACAGUAGUUCUCAAUGGCAGAAUGCAGCCAGAGAGAAAUAGAAAUUGCUUUUACAGCCUUUAUGGGUGUA